CCCCCCUAACCACGUGCCUUUGUUUAUCUUUUUCAGGAGAAGAACAGCCUUCUGAAUUACAACGUGUCUUGCAUCAUGACGCUACCGCCGUACCAACGCCAGGGCUACGGCAGACUCCUCAUUGACUUCAGUUACCUCCUGACGAAGAACGAGGGCAAGAUCGGCUCUCCCGAGAAGCCCCUCAGCGACUUGGGUCUCAUCUCGUACCGCUCCUACUGGAAGGACCUCCUGCUCAGCUACCUGGCCACCUACACGGAGAAGAACGUCUAUAUCAAAGAUAUGAGCACGGAGAUGGCCGUGAGCUCGUACGACAUCGUGAGCACGUUCCAGGCCAUGGGCAUGAUGAAGUACUGGAAGGGGAAGCACAUCCUGCUCAGGAGACAGGACCUUCUGGAGGAGUUCCUGGAGCGGCAGAAGCGGCGGCGCGCGGACUACAAGGAGAUCGACCCCAAGUGCCUGAACUGGCGCCCCUACGUGCCCCCGCCGCCCUCCGAGGACCAGACCAGCUCCAACAAGAACAAGGCCGCGGCAGCCAACAAAGCGGCGGCGGACAGGAAGAAGGCGCAGGCGGCGGCGUCGUCGCAGUAGAGGGGGGGAGAGGAGAAGGAGGGGGAGGAGGAAGGAAGAGGAACAAAGAGGAGGUGGAGACGAAGGAGGAUGAGGUGGAGAUGAAA